AUGGGUGCCACCGAACCUUUGCAAAAGAUGCCCCCUGUUGCUGAUGCUGUAAAUGGCUUGAAGUCCCCUUCCUCACCAGACGCCCUCAUCACUAGAGCAGUCGACGCGUUGUUGAAUCAGGAAGGGGCCCAUUCGAUCGAUAUGGCCCUGCCGUGCAUUGAUAUGGCCAGCUUGGAUGCUCCUGUUGGAUUCAGCAUUGGUGGGGAGACUCCGGUCCCUCCAGCCAUCCAGCAGCAUUUCAGUCGGGCAGUUUACAAGACUAACGUGGGGUUGCACGCACCCUUGUCACUGUUGUGGAUGGCCGUAGACGAUACCCUAUAUCUGUGGAACUUCUCUAAUGGUUCUCAUACGUCAAUACGAAUGGACGGUGUUGUCCUCACCUGUGCUAUUGGGGCGCCUCGAGCUGGGGUCUUCGGGGAUGUGGACCAUAUACUCGCGGUUGUCACUGAGAGCACCGUGUCGAUCCUCAGUCUAUCGGCGGACUCUAAUGGAGUAUUAUUGAUAGAUGUCCUUGAGGGAAACCAAGGGGGACGAUAUUCGGCUACCUUAUCCAAGGCUGUCGCAUCGAUGGUGGCACGUGUGACUGUCACCAAAGGUGGUAGGAUUCUAUUGUGGGGAUCCUCCAUUGAAAGUGGCGUGUAUGAGCUCGUAUAUCAGCGAUCUCCUGGCUGGGUUACUAGUCGGACCUACCUUAGUCGGCAUACGUUUACGCGAAAGGGUAUCUUCGGCCGAGCCCUGGGUUGGAUAAUGCCCCCCUCUCCUGCGGCACCGUCCACUGGAGUGCCUCUCAGAGCUGGUGGGAAACACUACCAGGAUGAGAUUUUCGCUGUUGGUGGAAGUGCCGUAGAUGAGACCAUGGUGUAUGCUAGUGUUGUCAACGGGGAUGGAUGGCUGGGAAUAUUCUCCCUGGAUGUGAGCUCGAACGGCCCUUGUGAGUCUGAGUGUCUCGGAUGGUUACCAAAGCAAAGCAUGGUGGAAGCCCUGGGGAGGGCUGGUGCCCAGGGAGGAGCGAGGGAGGUCUCCAUCCAUAGUAUAGCUCCCAUGACGGCUGCUGACGGCUCUGCCUUGUGCAUGUUAUUCACCACUCGAGGGGAUAGGUUGGUAGUCCAUGCUCAUCGGCAGAAAGGGAUCGCGACAAACACACUAUCUGUAGUAUCGGUAUCUCUAUCUGGAGGACCUGAUAGUCCCGCUCUGACGGCAGCAGGGCCUAUGGGGAAGCGCCGACGACGACUGGGGGGCGACAAGCCUUUCCAACUGUCGCCUACGACUGAUGUUAUCUAUUACAACAACGGUCUCACCUUGAUAGCUACAGCCAACGAUAAGUGCGUCCGUAUAGGAGCCGUGGGCUUUGUUCCGAAGGGGGAGAUGGACGCUGUUACCUCUGGGCCCUUUGCCGAGUAUAUUGCCACAGUGGAGAUGCGUGGACAGGUGCUUGCUCUAGGAGCUGUCUCAGAGGAGGUCGAAUCGCGUGGUACUGUAGGGCGCGGUCAAACCCGUCGUUGCUGGAUCCUCACAACUAUGGGAUUUUCCACCUCUGAGUAUGAGUUUUCUGGUCCGGACGGCCUCACGACAGCCCCUGGGGAGUCCGCAGAGGAGGUCGCGGAUUGGUUUAGAGCUCUAGCGGAGCGGGGGUCCAUCAGUACUGUAUCAGCUCAUAUGUGGGAUUGUUCGGACGUAUAUGUGGCCAACUACGCUUCCCAGUGUGAGCAUGCGGCCCGUGCUGGGCGUAUAGAACCCAUGCACGUUGGCAGGUGGCUGAAGGGCCUUCUCAUAUACCUCUCGUGUGACGUGUGGCCCAUGUGGUCGAGGCCGAUUCUGCGGCGUGCGGGCAAGAAGUCAUCGAAGUCUCAGAUAGGGUUGGGAGUCAGCGUCACAUAUGCUUCCGUCUCUGAUCUAGAAGUCCUUAUUGGUCGGCUCAAGACUGUUGGAAAAUUCGUGGCAGGGGUGUGUAGUCUGCUGGAGAGGAGCCGCAUUGGGGAGCCCUUCACAUCGAGUCAUUUACCUGCGUAUAAACGUCGUCAACUGGUUGAGGUGGAGACCAGUCAGCGAGACCAUACCAUUGCCCGGUACACGACCCUUGUUUGCUCCAUCCGAGACUCCAUUGCAUUGACUUCGGAGACCCUAUCGCUAUUGGUCAUACUACAAACGGGCAUCCACUCGGGUUACCGUAUCCUCAACGACCACAAUAACGACUCUUGGAUAGAUACCCUUUGCCACACGCCUCUAUCGUCGUUGAUCGAGGGUGACCAGCAAUGGACCCAGAGCCGCUGUGCCUUGUCAUUGCUGGCCUCGGCGGUGCUCAGGGAGUCAGGAUGCUCAAAGGAAGUAGUUGAGGCAGUCUCCCGUCUGUGCCCUACUAUCCUGGGUCAUGUGGAUGCAGCUGCGGUGACGGCCGGUCGCCCUAUGGGAGCUGUCGAGAGCGAUGCUACGAAGGAACUGCUGGUUUCACAUCUAUCUACUAUACUCUCCUCACCGGCCCUGCAGGAGCUACCGGAGUCCCUGGCUAGUCUCCGGAGGCUGGCUGCUUACGACCCUAAGGGAGCCUUCGAGCAGCUCCUUACGAAGUGCACUGAGGUGAGUGAGAAGGCGCUCAAGGCAGUACUGGAUGGUGCGGCUCCUCUCAUGAGCAACGACGCUCAAAGCCUGACAGAUGUACUACACGCAUGUGGUGAACUCGCGGUUGGAGCCUGCCCUCGGGCGCUCAACAUAGUGUUGAAGCGAGUGAUCGGUACACCAGGAUUGGCUGAAGCCAUUACCAAGAUACCGUCAGCGAACAUCAUCAACAGGGUUAUGCUGAUAUUGAGUGAUGGCUUGCAUAGCAAAGAAGCCCCGGUCCGAGGAGAUCUUGUGAUGGAUCCUGUAGCCGCUGGGGAACUCCUACAAGCCGUAUAUGUCCUUCGAGGGAAGCAUGUGAAGGCAGCAACGGUCCAGAUGGGCUACAUUCUCUGCACGACUACCUACGUCCAGCUACCAAUGCUCCGGGAGGUUGAGUACAUGCUUAAGCAUGCUCCUAGUCAUGCUGGAUCAAUGACAUGGUCGAAAGAAGCAACGGCAGCGAGUAAGGAACUAGCAGGGGAGCUCUUGCCUCUCAGCACAUUAUUCACCUGGUCCAAUAGGCUCCGUUUCCCGCAGUUCCAGAUGCUAUGUGUGACCAACUCCUUGCAGCAAUCCGCUGUAUCUUCAGACGAUAUUCUCCACUAUUGGGUUACAGUAUGCUUCCCCCCACCAGAUGGACCGUACUGUCGACUUUCGGCCAUGCCGUUCCGCAAGCCAGGGGACCUCCUAGGGUACCUACUAUAUCCGGGAAGGGAGGUAUCCUACUUCAUGAGAUAUGAUAAUGAUGAGGAUGCUGUUCGGGAGAGUCCCCGAAGCAGUGACUUCGUUGAGGCCGCAACAAGGUUCUGUGGAGAAUUAUGCCAGAUUGCCGAGGCCUGUCGCAAUGAUACAGUCCUUAGAGCGGAGAUAGUGGCAGCAGUUCUGGAGUAUUGCUACGCUCUCGUGAGGGAAUAUAACGGGGAACAGGAUGAUGACGACGACGAGAAUGACAAUAUACUGGCUAUUUGUCGUGGAGUCGUUUAUGAGUUCUGCGGCGUUUCCCUUCGUUCCUUACUGACCAUCUAUGAGCACCUCGAGAGCACCCACAAGACCUGGCUUCGACGCAUUCGAGACCACAUGCCCUCCACCGCAGCACGAUCACCGCUACAUCUUCAUCAUACUAAGGUCCAAACCCACAUGAAGUUGGUCCUAGAGGCACUACGUCUGUGGGUUAGAGAGGAGGAGGACCGUCUGCUUGAUCGUCGUCAAGGACUGCCCGCCCUAGAGACCUUCCAUGAGGAGAUGAAUCACCCGGCUGUUCUUGCAGGACUAACGUAACAAUAAUGACGAUCAGCGAGAA